GUAAUAUUUUUACUUGAUUAAAAUAUUGAGAUAAUCAGCCUAAAAAGAAAAACUGUCACCAAAAAAAGCAAUUUUUGGACGAUCAUUUUAAAAGUAUACAUGCAUAAAAUAUCGUAUUAUUUCUGGAUAAGUAUAUGUAAUUCAGUGCUGGUGAUUAUCUAUUCUUAUUUUAAUUUUUAAUCGAGAUUCGAGAUCCAACGUCUACUCCAUCAUGCUCAUCAGUCAUCAGUAAUGUAUGACACAAAAUUGCAGCAGAAACCAGGAACAUUCACCGAUACCCAAUGCUGCGCGGUAUGUUAGCGAAAAAAUACAAGGGUUGUUUGACAGGAGCUCUCCUGGGAGACUGUUUUGGAGGCCCUUUCGAAGGAGAUUUGCCGCAGAACAUUUCAAAAGCACAGUUGCAGUCAUUUUUCGAUAAAUUGGAAGGCCCAGCUUAUAAAACCCCGUUGUACAAAUAUUCAGACGACACCGCUAUGACAAAAUCAGUGGCAGAAUCUUUGAUCGAAAAAAAUGGAUUUGAUCCUCACGAUAUGGCCAAGAAAUUCAUUACAGAGUAUUACAAAGAUCCUAGAAGGAAUUACGGUGCAAAUGUUGUGGAUGUUUUUCACAAAUUGAAUUUGAAUUUGGAAGAUGUUUGGAAACCAGCUAAAGAACAAUUCGGCGGAACUGGUUCGUAUGGGAAUGGAGGUGCAAUGAGAAUAGCACCGGUGCCACUUUUUGCCUUUAAAGAUUAUUCAUCGAUGUUAGAAAUAGCAGAAAAUGCCACACGAUUAACUCAUACGCAUCGUUUGGGAAUUAAUGGUGCCUUGCUUCAAGCAAUUGCUAUCCACUCGAGUUUGAAUAAUGAUCCCGAUAAACCUUUAGAUAUCGCGCAAUUCAUGAAGGAUUUACUAGAUAAGAUAACCGAUUUGGAAAAUAAGAGUGACAAAGUCGUUCCUGAUAGCGCAUCGUAUUUUGUACAAUUGACCAAGGUUAGAAAAUUAUUAGAAUUAGGAGAAAAUGCCAUCACAGAUGUGGUAGUUGAAGAAUUGGGUAACGACGUAUCUGCCAUAUACUCUGUGCCAACAGCAAUUUACUGUUUUCUUAGAGCACAACAGCCUAUUCCUAAUAUUGAAACUGAUAAUCCAUUCCGUCGUACACUGCAGUACGCAAUAUCAUUAGGAGGAGAUACAGACACGAUUGCAAGUAUGGCCGGAGCUAUUGCUGGAGCAUACUAUGGAAUCGAUGUUAUAAAUCCGAAUUUAAUCAAUUUAGCCGAAAGUCAAGAGCUAAUGGAAACUCUUUCCACCAGAUUAUACGAAAGAAUAUCAUAGUUACUGAAAUUAUUACCGAAAAUUUAACAAAUUUUAUUUACAUUAUCUUUACAUUUUUAAAUUACAUGAAUUAUAAUUUUAUAAAAAAAAAACAACAACAAUAUUUUGGAA